UGUUUAAUUCACACGGAUCCUAUAAAGGAUCCAUGAGAGGACACGUGGAAGCCUCCGGUCAGCAGCGGGUGAACUGUGAGACACACAGCCGCUCCGUAGGUUUCAUUUACCGGCUCUCUGUGGAGACAAAGUGUCCGUCAGGGGAAAUGAGUCGGUUUACGACCGUCGGUGAGUAUAAAGAGCACAAGAGGACACUGUGCUGACAGAGAGGAGGCUCACAGGCGGUAUGGUGGACGGGUGCAAAGUUGAGGAGCUGUUUUCAGUUCAGGUGGAAUUGCAGUAACAUGGUCUGAACCAUGUAUGAGCCUCGGUACUACGAUAGCCCCCCUGUGUACAGCCCGCCUUACAGCACUAACUCCCACAGCUUCUAUCCCCCGAGGAGUGUCCACUCCCCCCAGAGCCAGUAUGUCCCCUACACCUACAAUGUCCCUCCAGACUCCUACUACGUUGAAGAGAAGCCUCAACACUUCUACCGCUGGUUUUCUCCUCCUGGCUUUGUGAAAACCUUCCAAGGAGCCACAGCACUCAUGUGUUUCCUCAUCUUUGCCUGCGUGGCGUCGACCUUGGUGUGGGAUAUGAAUGGAUUUGGGUAUGGGGGCUACGGUGUUGGGGCCACAGGGGCUGUCGCAGGCGUGGAGUCGGGGUAUUAUGGAGGCAGCUACGGCUACGGUGGCUCCUACAUGACGCCGCAGUCUGCCAAGGCGGCGAUGAUUUCAAUGGCGGCCAUCAACUUCCUGGUGUCACUGGGCUUCCUGGUGGGGAGUUUCUCACGGUCACGGAUCAUGAGGGGAUGCAGGUUCUACCUCACUGUGUUCAUUUGUGAUAUCAUCUUAGCUGUUCUUCAGGGCAUCAUCGACAUCAUCUUUGUGAUCGGGGUGAACCCGAUGUCUCAGAGCUCACAGAGCAUGCUGUACAAUCCCAUGCUGAUGAUGUGUCAGAACAUCCAGGGCAAUCCGAGCCUCAGUGGCAGCGCUGGGGCCGGUUUUCCUGGAGGGUUCCCCAUGUACAAUCAAUACCUGUACCACUACUGCUACAUGGACCCAGAGGAGGCGGUUGCAUUAGUUUUGGGUCUGAUGGUGGUGUUGGCCCUGUCUCUGUCUGCCUACUACGCCUACAAGACCCGCAGCAAGAUUUGGCGCCACGGCAAAGCCAACAUCUACUGGGACGAGCCACUGGUCAGGUCGUCAGAGAGCCAGGAUGUACAGGACUGGGUGAACCAUGUUGGAGAUGUGCGCAGCACCCAGCAGGCACCAACUGUUGUUGUAUCAGAGAGAGCAGCACCUGACCUGAGGGCAGAGAACAGUGUGGUCUCCUACGGCAACAGAACAGUCAGCAUCCACAGUGAAGGACAUUAUAAAGGCAACAGUUUCUCUGCCGACAACAGUAACCGUCGGGCUGCGGAGCCUCUGAGCCAGAACAGCAGAGUCACAGUUUGCUCCAGCAGCUCCUCAGAUGAGACCGUCAGCAUCAGGAAACCUGCUCCUUAUCACGCGAAGAAGGAACAGAGGAAGGACCCAGAGCCCAGGCCGUCUGCUCCGGAGAUGAUGGAGUCCCCAUAUGAAACCGGUUACACCACCGGAGACACCGGCAAUGAGCUGGACCGGGACCACACGAAUUACCUCUACAGGCUGUACCCAGAGAUAACUUCAGAUGAGCAGCGCCGGCAGUACAAGAAGGAGUUUGACUCCGAUCUUGCCCGCUAUAAGAGCCUCUGCGCCGAAAUGGAUGACAUCAGUGACCAGAUGCACAAGCUGAGCCGAGAGCUGGACAUGUUGGACGAGGACUCCAUGAAGUACCAGGGUGUGGCAGACGAGUAUAACCGACUCAAAGACCUGAAAAAGACUCCAGACUAUCAAGCAAAGAAGAGGCAGUGCAAAGAACUUCGGCAAAAACUUUUCCACAUCAAGCGUCUGGUGAAAACCUUUGACCAAGGUCUUUGUUAGUGUGCGUCUUAAUAAUCUGUCCGAACAGCUGAGGAUGAACACUGACGGGGUGUGACCUGGCUAAAGAAACAUGGAUUCAUCCUCCAUCUUCAGUUUUAUUGCUUUGCUGUUUGAAUUGUGACAGUUCAGCUCAACACGACCCUCAUGCCGGCCUCACUGAACCUCAGCUGUUUGUGACCCCAGUGUUUACAACGUCUGUAUCACUUCUGCCGCUGUCAGAAUAGAUUACUGUCAAAAUAGAGCUACGUUUAAACUUCUCUGUGUGGUUGUAACAUUUGAAUUUGUUGUAACUUGUGUUAGAUUUUACUUUAAGCAGCAGUUUUAAUGUAAUAAUGUGUAAUUGUUACAGGAUGUUGAAAUAUGGGACGUGAUGAAUGUCAGUUUUUAUACAGAGAUAAUGUCAUGACUGAAGGUUGAAAAAGAGAAAAUUAUGUGAAUAAAUAAUCAGUUAACGUACUUCCA